GGGAAGCGUUGCGUGACCGACUAAAAAAGAGGCAGCAGGUUUUACAAGCAGGCAGCAGGUUUUACAAUGGCGUCUACAACGAAGAAUACUGCUCCCUACGGCUCAUGGAUAAGCCCUAUUACCAGUGAUCUUGUUAUUAAGGAGGCCAUUGGCUUGAGUGAAGUGAGGGUGGACCCAUUCGAACCAGGUGUUGUUUACUGGUCAGAAAGUCACCCAGAGGAAGGUGGAAGAAUUACCAUCUGCAAAUUACAAGACAAUGGGUCCAAGUUUGAGGAGAUAAUCCCUAAGGAGUUCAACUGCCGCACACGUGUGCAUGAGUAUGGCGGUGGGGCCUUCCUUGUGCACAAAAAACAAGUCUACUUUUCAAACUUUGGUGAUCAACGUAUCUACAAACAGGAUGCCGUGCCAGGUGCAACACCUGUUGCUAUCACCCCUGAUGGCAAGGGAUGGAGGUAUGCUGAUGCGACAGUGACCCAUACCGGUCGCCACCUGCUCUGUGUGCGAGAGGACCAUGGUGUCUUGGAGACCGGAGCAAGUGAGGCUCUGGCAACUAUAGUGUCGAUUGAUUUGAAGACUCAAGAGCAGCAUGUCCUGGUAUCGGGGUGUAAUUUCUAUUCAUCUCCAAGAAUUUCCAAACAUGGCAUGUUGGCCUGGGUCCAGUGGAACCACCCUAAUAUGCCGUGGGAUGAUACAGAGCUGUGGAUUGGAAAGCUGAACUCUACUGGAGAUGCCUUAGAGAAAAAUACUAUCAAAAAGGUAUCUGGUGGUGUUGGAAUCAGUGUCAUGCUGCCCAAGUGGACUCCAGAUGACAAGCUCCUCUACAUUAAUGACAAGACAAACUGGUGGAAUCUGUACAGGCUAGAAGAUGAUGGAUCCGAGACAAACCUCUGUCCUCAAAACAGCGAGAUCGGCGUACCACAGUGGACGUUUGGUGGAAGUGACUAUGAGUGUGAUGUCAAGAACAGGGGUGAAAUAUUAGUCACCUUCAACCAUGCGCUCUCUAUCUUGAAAACCACUGGUCAGCUGGUCCCACUUGACACUGGGGGGAACCUUCACUCUCAUGUGCACAUGUCACCUGAUGGCAAGUCCACGUACCUACUGGUCGGCAGUCCUACCAAGUUCCCGACCUUGAUACGAAUGGACAUGAAGACCAAGGCAGUGACGGUCUUGAGAGAGGCAGCACGUGUGGGCGUGGACCCAGGCUAUUACAGUAUCCCACAGGAGAUUACUUACCCUACAGCUGAUAACUUGGUGUCUCAUGGGUACUUCUACCCGCCAAAGAACAAGGACUAUGCCGCACCGGAGGGCGCCCUGCCGCCCCUUCUUGUGAAAGUCCAUGGCGGUCCCACUUCAGCAACGAACCCAUGCCUUGACCUUGAAGUCCAGUACUUUACAUCUCGUGGCAUAGGAAUACUCGAUGUGAACUACCGCGGAAGCACGAGUUAUGGAAGAGAAUUCAGGAACCAGCUAAGACAAAAUUGGGGGAUAGCAGACGUUGACGACUGUUGCAACGGGGCGCUGUACCUGGCCAACAAAGGAGAAGCUGACAUCAAGCGCUUGGCUAUCGAUGGAGGGUCUGCUGGGGGAUAUACAACUCUUUCGGCACUCACUUUCAAAAGCGUGUUUGGAGCAGGAGCCAGUAUGUAUGGCAGCUCAGAUGUCGAGACGCUAGCUAAGGAGACGCACAAGUUUGAGAGCCACUAUGUGGACAUACUGAUCGGACCUUACCCUGAAAGCAGGGACGUAUACAUUGCUCGCUCUCCAAUCUAUCACCUGGAUGGAUUUAACUGCGCGUUAGUAAUCUUCCAAGGUGACGAGGACGAGGUGGUACCUCCAAACCAAGCUCAGAUGAUGUUCGAUGCAGUCAACGCCAAGGGUUUACCCGUAGCAAUGAGAAUGUACGAAGGUGAGCAGCAUGGCUUUCGUAAGGCAGAGAACAUCAAGGAUUGUCUGGAAAGUGAGCUUUACUUCUACUCCAAGAUCUUUGGCUUCUACGCGCCGGGACUAACAGUCGAGCUGAAAAUUUACAAUCUAUAAGUAAUACUGAGCAUUUGUUAGGAUUGACAAGUUCUUUGUAGUAAUAUAGGGAAGUGAGGAUACUAAAUGUAUUAUGAUAGCUUAUAAGGUUAGUAGUCACUAAAAUCACCAAACUUACAAACACAUUUCUGAAUACAAGAAACAAUUUCUACCCCAGGACAAAAUGUAAGAGAGUAAAACUAAAAAUAAAAUAAAAUAAAAUAAUAAAAAAUCAGAUCCGA